CGAUGCCCGUACCUAGCUUAUCCGCAUGCAACUGCCUCUUUCAGACACCCGUCGUCUCGGUAUCGGCCUCUCUCAUCAACUUUAUCAACCACGGCUAUGGAUGUGACGCGUCCCCGAGGUUCACAGAACGAAUAAACGCGUGCCGUCAUGUGAGUAGGCGAGGCGGGCUGGGCAGUCGCGACGCGUCGGCGUCCAGAGUCGGCAACAGCCCUGUCGCUACCCCACCACCAUCAUGAGAAACUCGCGCGCAUCCAAUAACUUUCUUAUUCCCGUCAAACAACACUCCUCACCGACUACACACCAGCCCAAUCCAACACUCUCUCCGCGCUCCCUCUCGCCCUCGCAGACCCCACCAUAGACAUGAUGGAAGAAGCGACGCUGCCCGUUACUCCCGAAGCCGAACGCCCCGAUGCCUCGAUAGACGUUGCCCACUCGCUCGAAUACUGGAAUAAUGUCUCGCCAGACGUCAACGGCAUGCUGGGCGGGUUUCCCCAAACUUCGCGCAUCGAUUUGCAGGGUUCUUCAAAUUUCUUGACAAAAUUGCGUAGGGGCAAGGCGCAGGGUUCUAAGGAACCGCUGCCACCUCUCGAGCGUGUAGCGGACUGUGGCGCCGGUAUUGGACGUAUAACUAAAGGCCUAUUGUUGGGCGUCAGUAAACAAGUGGACGUAGUAGAGCCGGUGAAGAAAUUUACAGAUGAACUGGUACAAAGUCUGGGGAAUGGCGAGUAUGCCGGAGACGGCGAGACAAGAUCUGGAAAGGGCCAGGUGGGAAAAGUCAUAAACCUGGGGCUGCAGGACUGGAUACCAGAGCCGGGUGCAUACGACGUGAUUUGGAACCAAUGGUGUGUCGGACACUUGACGGACGCCCAAUUUGUUGUCUACAUGCGGAGGUGUGGCGAAGGCUUGAAGAAGGCAGAGGGCGAUGCGACAAGUCGGAGCUGGAUCAUAGUCAAGGAGAACUUGUCUACGGAUAUUCAUCACAAGGAUAUCUACGACGAUGAAGACUCGAGUGUGACGCGGUCAGAUAAGAAGUUCAGGGCUCUGUUCCAGGAAGCCGGACUGAAGAUUGUGGCGACGGAACAACAAAGAGGGAUGCCCAGGGAGUUGUUCCCAGUUAGGAUGUAUGCGCUCAGACCUGAGUAGACGUAUAGCCAGUCCUACUGUUUGUGAGAUAGGGUGUCAGGCGCAGGAAACAUGAUACCCCGGGCGUCUUUAUUAGAAUGAACGCUAUUGCCAUGCUUAUACUCAUCUUA